AUGAGGAGGAGCAAUAGCUAUUCCUUGAACCUGCUUUGGUUGUUGCCACCGUUCUUGGGCUGGACCGUGGUGGCCCUUGACUUGGGACCAUCGCCCUGUACCACUUUGGUCCAGGGCAAGUUUUUCGGAUACUUCUCCUCUUUUGCCGUCUUCCCGUUGAACGCUUCCCAUUGCAAUUGGAUUAUCCAGAACCCCGAUCCCCGGAGGUACACCUUGUACAUGAAGGUUUUGAAGCCCUUGGGUCUCUGCGACCGCCAACAGAUACGCACCUACCAAUUCGACUCCUUCUUGGAGUCGACGCGGACGUACCUGGGCAUGGAGAGCUUCGACGAUGUGCUGAACCUUUGCGACAGCUCUACCCGCUACGCCUUCCUCCAGUCCAACAAGCAGUUCCUCCAGAUGAAGCAGACUCUUUCCAAAGUGGACAGCGGGUGGGUCAGGUGGAAACCGGCCAAGAUUCAGGAAAGGGACUUCUCGGUAGAAUAUCUUGUGGUUGGCAACAGAAGUCCCAGCAAGGCCGCUUGCCAGAUGUUGUGCAAAUGGCUAGAUACUUGCUUGGCCACCAGCAGCAGCUCACAUCCUUGUGGCAUCAUGCAGACACCAUGUUCUUGUUUCAGUGGAGAAGUAUUGGACCAACCCAGCGAGAUCUUUGGCUUAACCAAAAAGCAGGACAAUUGUUUCAAGGAUGGGAUUUACCUGGAGAAUUGCAUGAGUUCAACCAAGGACACCAGCGGGCUGGAUUUCUUGGGUGGAUGGAAUCCUUGGUCAACCUGGGGCGAGUGUACCAGGGACUGUGGAGGUGGCCUUCAGACUCGGACCCGAACAUGUCAACCUCUUCCCGAUGAAGGUCUCGUCUGUGAAGGAGUCUUGGAAGAAGGGAGAUUAUGCAACAGGAAAGCUUGCAACCCUAAUAUACACUAUAAUUCCCGGAGUCAGUCUUUACGGUCUACGGAUAACCGGAAAAAAGAUGACAUGGAAGAUUUCCAGCAAUACGGAUAUCCUGCACCUCAGAUUGGUGACCCAGCGGCAGAAGAGUGGUCGCCCUGGAGCGUCUGUUCGACCACCUGUGGGGAGGGCUGGCAAAGUAGGACUCGAUUCUGUGUGUCGUAUUCGUACAGCACCCAAUGCAGCGGGCCCCUCCGCGAACAACGGCAAUGCAACAAUUCGGCGGUCUGUCCAGUUCACGGCUCUUGGGAUGAAUGGUCACCAUGGAGUCUCUGCUCAUCAACGUGUGGACGGGGAUACAGGGAUCGCACCCGGAUAUGCAAACCCCCGCAGUUUGGAGGAAGCCCCUGCGAAGGUCCUGAGAAGCAAACCAAAUUCUGCAAUAUCGCCCUUUGCCCAGGAAGGAUUUUGGACGGCAACUGGAAUGCCUGGUCCAGCUGGAGCUCCUGUUCCACCUCCUGUUCCAAUGGCACCCAGCAGCGGACGCGGGAGUGCAAUGGACCUUCGUAUGGAGGGGCGGAAUGCCAGGGGCCCUGGGUCGAGUCCCGAGACUGCUUCCUUCGACAGUGUCCAGUGGAUGGGAAAUGGCAGGUCUGGGGUCCAUGGGGAAGCUGUACUGCCACCUGCGGAGGGGGAACCCAGAAACGGGACCGUGUGUGCUAUGGCCCUUUCUUUGGGGGAGAACCGUGUCAAGGUCCCAGGGAGGAGUUCAAGCAAUGCAACGAACGGAGAUGUCCAGAGCCUCAAGAAAUCUGUGAUGAGGACAACUUGGCCUCCGUGGUUUGGAAAGAGACUCCGGCUGGAGAUGCAGCAGCUGUCCGAUGUCCCCGUAAUGCCACAGGGUUGAUCCUCCGGCGGUGCCUUCUGGAUGAAGAUGGUAUCGCCUAUUGGACGCUUCCAACCUAUGUCAAGUGUGUCUCCAUAGACUACAGGAAUAUCCAGAUGAUGACCAGAGAGCAUCUCUCAAAAGCUCAGAGGGGUCUAGUGGGAGAAGGGGUCUCGGAAGUCUUGCAAAACCUGGUGGAGAUCUCUCAGGAUGGAACCAGCUACAGUGGGGAUCUAUUGUCAACUUUUGACGUACUCAGGAACAUGACCGAGAUUUUUCGCAGGGCAUAUUACAAUCCAACUACGAGUGAUGUACAGAACUUCGUCCAGGUAAUUAGCAACAUCUUGACCGAAGACAACCGAGACAAAUGGGAAGAAGCUCAGCUGAUGGGGUCCAACGUCAAAGAACUUUUCCGACUUCUGGAGGACUUCAUUGACGUCGUUGGCUUUCGCAUGAAAGAUUUUCAGGAUUCUUAUCAAGUGACCGACAACUUGGUUGUCAGUAUCCAGAAGCUGCCUGUUAAGGCAGCUAAAGCUCUCACUUUCCCUGUCAAAGGCUGGCGAGGAAUGGUGGAUUGGGCUCGGAAUGCAGAAGACAAGGUCACCAUAUCGAAAAGUAUCUUGUCCACAGGAGGAUCAGACGCCGAUGACUUCGCCGUCUUUGUGGUGGGCACGGUGAUUUAUCGCAACCUGGCUGGGAUCCUGGGCCUUCAGAGGAAUACCACAGUACUCAAUUCGCGCAUCAUCUCCGUGACUGUCAAACCAGAACCUCAAUCCCUGGUCGCCAUGAUGGAGAUCGAAUUCUCCCAUUUGUAUAAUGGGACCACAAAUCAAACCUGCAUUGUCUGGGAUGAAGCUGAUGUUUCCUCCUUCUCUCCAUCUCAGCUUGGCGCCUGGUCCUGGAAAGGCUGCCGAACCGUCCUCGUCGAUCCUUUCCGGACCAAAUGCUUCUGUGACCGGAUCUCUACCUUCGCCAUCUUAGCCCAGAUCGCUGCUGACAUGAAUGCAGAAAAAGUGCUCGUCCCUUCGGUCACGUUGAUCGUUGGCUGUGGGGUAUCCUCCCUAACCCUCCUUCUCUUGAUCAUCAUUUAUAUCUCAGUCUGGAGGUAUAUCCGCUCCGAACGGUCGGUCAUCCUGAUCAAUUUCUGCCUUUCCAUCGUAUCUUCCAAUGCCCUCAUCCUCAUCGGACAAACUCAAACCCGGAACAAGGUGAUCUGUACCUUGGUGGCAGCUUUCCUCCACUUUUUCUUCCUCUCCUCCUUCUGCUGGGUGCUGACCGAAGCUUGGCAAUCAUACAUGGCUGUGACGGGCAGGCUACGAAACCGGAUCAUCCGUAAACGUUUCCUGUGUCUCGGAUGGGGUCUCCCUGCCUUGGUGGUUGCAAUCUCUGUGGGAUUUACUAAAGCCAAGGGCUAUGGCACCGGGAACUACUGUUGGCUAUCUUUGGAGGGAGGCCUGCUCUACGCCUUCGUGGGACCGGCGGCUGCUGUGGUUUUGGUAAACAUGGUUAUUGGCAUUCUGGUGUUUAACAAACUUGUAUCCAAAGAUGGAAUAACAGAUAAGAAACUGAAGGAACGGGCAGGGGCGUCCCUCUGGAGCUCCUGUGUAGUCCUGCCUCUGCUGGCCCUCACCUGGAUGUCGGCCGUACUGGCCAUCACUGACCAUCGUUCGGCCCUCUUCCAGAUCCUCUUCGCAGUGUUUGACUCCUUGGAGGGCUUCGUCAUCGUGAUGGUCCACUGCAUUCUUAGAAGAGAGGUCCAAGAUGCUGUUAAAUGCCGAGUUGUGGACCGUCAAGAAGAAGCCAACGGAGAUUCUGGAGGAUCGUUUCAGAACGGACAUGCCCAGCUUAUGACUGAUUUUGAGAAAGACGUGGACAUGGCGUGUAGAUCAGUUCUCAACAAGGACAUCAGUACGUGUCGUACUAUGACCAUCACAGGGACUCUGAAGCGCCCGUCCCUGCAGGACGAGGAGAAGCUGAAGCUCAACCACCAGAAAGGGUCCUCCAACUUCAACAGUCUUCCAGCCAAUGUCUCCAAGAUGCAUCUCCAGAGCUCUCCACACUACCUGGGCGCCAUCAACCUCAAUGACUUCAACAACCACACCUUGACUUUGAAGAAGGACAAAAGCCAACCUCCAAAAUCCAUCUACAUUUGUGAUGGAGAUAUCUUCAAAAAGCUGGAUUCGGAGCUCUCGCGGGCACAGGAUCAAACCAGGGACACCAGCUACGUCAUUCUGCCCACCAACACCUCCACCUUGAGGCCCAAGCCGCCUCCGCCACCACCGCCUCCGCCUCCGCCACCGCCCAAGGAUGACACCAAGUACAGCAUCAACAUUGACCAGAUGCCCCAGACGAGACUCAUCCACCUCAGCAUGGCUACAGAUCCAGGCUUUGUGGUCAAGAGCCCCCCAAGAGAGCCUGCAGUGAUCAGCUGUGGGGAAGGGCAAGCUUCUUCGAUGAUGCAGAAGCAACCUUUGUCUCCUCCUUUGGUUAAUAAAUCCACGGACUCACAGAUGCCCAACAGCUUGUGUGACACGCUCAAGACCAGUAGUACUGGAAUCGUGACCAAGAAUGAGACGGUUGCAACCCUCUCCAUGAGCUCCCUAGAAAGGCGGAAAUCCCGAUAUGCAGAACUAGAUUUUGAGAAAAUCAUGCACACAAGAAAACGUCACCAAGACAUGUUCCAGGACCUGAACCGGAAGUUACAACAUGCAGAGAAGGAAAAAGAAUCUCCACCAAUGGAGACUAAGCAAGAGAAGCAGCAGACACCAAACAAAAGACCAUGGGAAGGCCUCCGGAAGGUCCACUCGCCCCCAGCGUGGGUCAAAAAAGAGAUGGAAACUGAGAUUCAAUCUCCCUUAGAACUCAAAACUGUGGAAUGGGAGAAGACGGGCGCAACAAUUCCCCUGGUGGGACAGGACAUUAUUGACCUCCAGACAGAGGUCUGAGGAGGAGGCGGAGGAGGAGGCAGAGAGAAGAAAAGAAUAAUAAUAAUAAUAAUAAUAAUAAUAAAAAAGACUCUUUGGGUGUUUUCCCUCACCCCACUGGAAAACUAAACAAGA